AUGUGGCCACUUUUCGCAUUAGCCUUCUGCUACCUCACCGCCGGCGUCCGGAGUGAUCUUGCCCAGUACACCGCGUACAAGGGAUUCCCGGCUGCUUGGCAAGAGUGCGGCGAGUACUUUGAGGUUCCCAACUGCACCCUUGAACAGUACCGAGAAGACUCGUAUCCCUGCGAGGGUGCCGUCAAGGAGCUCAUCCGGUGUUCGCUGAUCAACCUGAGUGCCUGGAACGAUACCACCGGCGUCCGACAGCACGUGAUCCGCAACUACUUCCAACCUGCUGCCGAGGACAGUUGCUACGAGAACCGCACCAAGGAGUGCCUCAAGCAGAUCGACAGCAACGACGAUGUGUACAACCGGGCGUACGCGUCGUUCCGCUGCUACUACCGACAGUACGGAAACCUAAUCUCCAGCGCCCAGUUCAGCCCGUACGAAUCCGACGAGCUGGUCCAACUCACCGCGUACAGCUUCUCCGUCCGCCACAUCCCCAAAUGUGUCCUCCUCCAGUACGCCAAAGGAGACAUCUUGGAAGAGCCCCACUUCCCUGCAGUCCUGCUAACCUGGCUACUCCGCGGUGGUUACUACAGCCUCCAAAACGGAAUCCUCCUCAACACCCUGUACACCCAGUUCGGCCACCCCGAACUCCUCACCGAGCAAACCAAACAAUGCACCGACGCGGUCGUAGCUCAACUCUGUGACGAAAGUCACGCCACCAAGGCGUACCAGAUCUUCAAGCGAUGUCUUCAACACAUCGUACCGAUUGUGGAGUUGAUUCAGGCCGUCGCUAAGGAGUUGGUCAAAGAGUGUGAUCAACCCUGUGGGCACUGUCAGAAAGAUCUGAGGCAGUUUGCACCGGUGACGGCACCUCCGGUGUACAAUGUGUACUUUCGAGAACACUAG